AGGUUAGAAGAGCAGAUGUUGCACAGAUAUAUUUGAAAACCAAGUAGAACAUUCAGGCUGACAUGAGAGAUCUGCUGAGGGCCUGUGAGCAAUCCAGCAACGUCUGCAAAUUCUUCAAGGUGAAGGAUAAUCUGGGACUUCCAGCAGAAGACAGUGAAUGUUAGCAACUUGUGGAGGAUUGUGUUCACAGGGAGAUGAUUCCUCAUGAAGUUUCUGGAUCCCCUUCAGAAAUCAAAUGUGACUUUCUGCUCAGCAGACUGAAAUCAGAACCAGCCAGGCAGUGAAGCCACAGAAGUGGAGGGCAGGGGGACAGUGAAAAAUGAAAUCCAACCAAGAGAGAAGCAAUGAAUGCCUGCCGCCCAAGAAGCGAGAGAUCCCCUCCACUAGCCUGCCUUCUGAGGUGAAGCCAUUAGUCCUGGCCACUGAAAAUCACCGUGCAGAUAACUUAACAUGGCUCUCAAGCACAACCAGCAGCCAGAGCAGCAUGAGUGGACGGAACAGGCCUGGAGGGAGUUCGGUGGAGGCUGGUUCACAGCAGGGAAUAGGUUUACACAAAUCACUAUCUACGGGAAUCGACUAUUCCCCACCUAGUGCUCCUAGGUCUGUUCCAGCCACCACAACACUUCCCACAGUGUACCCGCCUGCACUCACGCAGGCAGGGACGCCUGUCUCCCCGGUGCAGUAUACACACUUGCAACACACUUUCCAGUUCGUUGGGCCCCCAUAUAGUGGACCAUACGCCGGAUUCAUCCCGUCCCCAUUGAUUUCCCCGACAGCCAAUUCUGCAACUGGCGCCGCAUCCUCUGCCACUGCCAUUGCAACCACUCCAUCCCAGCGUUCCCAGCUGGAGGCUUAUUCCACUUUGCUGGCCAGCAUGAGCCAGCAAGGGCACAAAGUUGAGCCGCACCUAGUGAGGACACCUGGAUUGAUCACAGCAGGGUCUCCUUCACCGACCCAGCAAAACCAAUAUGUCCAUAUUUCCAGCUCUCCUCAGAGUGCCGUCAGAAAUGUUUCUCCUCCAGCCAUCCCAGUCCAUUUGCAUCCCCACCAGACAGUGAUUCCUCACACGUUCACCCUCGGUCCCUCCUCCCAGGUAGUGGUGCAGUAUGCAGAUUCUGGAGGCCAUUUUGUCACCAGGGAGUCCACCAAGAAGUCUGAGAGCAGCAGGCUGCAGGCUAUGCAAGUGAAAGAAAUACUGAAUGGGGAGAUGGAGAAGAGCAGGCGGUAUGGCAUCUCACCGUCCUCAGACAUGACUCUAGUCAAAUCAGGCAAUAAACCAUCUCAUCAUUAUGAGGCCAGACAUGUGGUGGUCCACUCGGGUCCUGCAGAUUACGUCGCACGGGAUUCCUCCAGCGUCCGGUCCUCCAUUAUGGUCAUCCCCAACAGCAGCACACCUACUGCAGAUAUGGAGGUCCAGCAGGCCGCCAACAGAGAAACACCUCCUUCAGCUCUCAAUGAAAAGGGAAGUUUGCAUUUAGGAAAAACAGCUCACCGAUCUUAUGCUUUGUCUCCGCAGCAAACUAUGGGCCAGGAAGGGGUGAAAGCAGUUGCCACUCAGUCCCCUCACACUGUCAUCCAGACCACCCACAGCGCCUCAGAGCAGCUCUCGGUCGGAUUACCUACUGCGGCAUUCUACACUGGGACUCAGCCACCAGUCAUCGGCUAUCUGAGCAGUCAACAGCAAGCAUUUGGCUACCCUGGAAAUCUGCCACAGCACCUGGUGAUCCCUGGUACCCAGCCCCUGUUAAUACCAGUUGGCAGUGCAGACAUCGACUCGACUUCAUCUCCCCAGUUGGCAGCAGUGCCUCAUACAUUUGUCACAAGCACCAUUCCGAAAAACGAGAAUUUCAGUGCUGAGUCACUAGCAAGCCAGCCGGCUUACCAAGCAGCCGUGGUGCAGGCGCAGAUCCAUCUCCCCCUGGUCCAGUCCAUCCCGUCAUCAGCAGCCGCUCCUCCUACACUGCCUCCUUACUUCAUGAAAGGGUCAAUUAUUCAGUUGGCCAACGGAGAGCUGAAGAAGGUAGAAGAUUUAAAAACCGAAGACUUUAUACAGAGUGCAGAAAUUAGUGGUGAUCUGAAAAUAGACUCCAGCACCGUAGAAAGGAUUGACGACAGCCAUAAUCCAGGCAUUGCCAUGAUACAGUUUGCAGUUGGAGAGCACCGAGCACAGGUCAGUGUUGAAGUCUUGGUAGAAUAUCCCUUUUUUGUAUUUGGACAAGGUUGGUCAUCGUGCUGCCCAGAGAGAACAAGCCAGCUCUUUGAUUUGUCGUGUUCCAAACUCUCCGUUGGGGAUGUCUGCGUAUCACUUACGCUCAAGAAUCUGAAGAACGGCUCAAUUAAAAAGGGCCAGCCCAUGGAUUCAGCUGGCAUCUUGCUGAAGCACUCUAAGAAUGACAGUCUAACUGGUGGUAGACAUAGGUAUGGAGAGCAGGAAAAUGGGAUUGAUCAGGGAAGUGCGAAGAUGUCAUCUGAGAAUGGUGAACUGAAGUUUCCAGAUAAAAUGGGAUUGCCUGCAACAUCUCUGAUCACCAAAACAGAACCUAGCAAGCCCAUGGCAACUAGGAAGAGGAGAUGGUCAGCCCCUGAAACACGGAAACUAGAGAAGUCUGAAGAGGAGCCACCGUUGACUCUUCCCAAACCUUCUUUUAUUCCUCAGGAGGUUAAGAUUUGCAUUGAAGGGCGAUCUAAUGUAGGCAAGUGAAGUCUGUUUAGGGAAUGGAAAUUUAGGCUAUCCCUUUGUCAUUUUUAUCCAGAUUACUGUACUGUAGGCUAAAAAUAACCCAGUAUUUACAUGUUAUCUUAUUUUAGGUUUAUGUUAAUAACCUUAUUGUUAUAGUUGCAGCUGAAUAUUAUGCAGGAUAUUGGUGCAUACUCCCCCCCCCCAGUGUUUGUUGGUGAUCAUUAUC